UCCACCUCUAGUUGGCGUUUGUUGUGAAAUUUGCCUUCCACCUGCUUUACGUUUGCCAUUUCUCCCAGUGGCCAUGGACGAAUCCUCGCGACAGCAGAUGGACGACUGCUUCCUGCGCAGCCCCAGCGACAUCCGCACCACCAACGUGCAAGCGGUGCCCAAGUCACAGGCGUCGGACAACAAGUCGCGCAAAACGGAGCUGCAUGUCCUCCGGCUAAAUGAUGAAUCCCGCCAGAUGACCAUGGACACACUGCGCCAAAUCCAUGGUCCGGACUUCCAGCUGGACGACAUCAGCAAGUACAAGGAUCGCGGACGCGGUGGCCACGGCGUGAAGCACUCCUACUGGCAGGAUCGUGGCACCCUGAUGGUCCAGAGUGUCCAGGGCGUGAGGAUCUCCUCGAGUGGCAACAGCGACAGCGAUGCGGAUCGCCUGCGCCGCUAUGCCCUGGCCAAGCUGGAGAACUACGGCUUCCAGGCCGUCCACUGUCUGGAGGCCUAUGAGCACUGCGCCGGCGACACGGAGGCUGCGCUUUUGCUGCUCUAUCGCCGCUACAUGAGGAUCCCCGACGAGGGGGAGGAAGAGCAGCUGACCCUGGAGCCGCCCAGCGAACAGGAACUGCUGGACAUGCGCGCGGAGGAGAAGGAAGCCCUGGAGUCCAUCUACGAUCAGGGCACGUAUGAGGAGCGCGAGGCUAACCGCGUGUGGAACCUCAAGUUCCGCAUCGACCACCUGCUGGCCCACAGUCCCUCGGAGGUGCGGAAGGCUAGGGAGGCGGUCCUCGCCGCUGCUGCCGCCGCCGCCCAAGCGGCGCUCGACAAGAAGAAGAAGGCUCCGCAGCGGUGCCGCAACUUCGACCGCGACGGCACCUGCAAGUUCGGCCCCAAGUGCCGCUUCGCCCACCUGCCACCGCUGCCCACGGAAUCGGACACGCCCAAAAAGGAUACCGUUGACGAGAACGACAACGAGCUGUGGUUCCACGUGGAGGUGCGCUUUCCGCCGGGCAGUCGCUAUCCGUAUGAGGCGCCAUUCAUCUACCUGAAAACCACCUGCCACGACAUUCCGCACGAGCUGCGCCUCCGCUACGCCCGCCAUUUGUACAGGGAGGCCAGAGCGAUCUGCCGCGAUGGCAUUCCCUGCGUGUACAGCAUCUGCGAUCUUCUGCAGUCGAACGAACAGCUGGCCGGUCGUCUGGACACCUCUGCCUUUCCCUCGCCCAAGCACUCCAUCUUCCACGACGAGCCAGAGGGCGGUGGAGCGGAUCGGGAUGCGGAGCACCAGCAGGCACCCAAGCCGUCGCACUACGCCCGCGGGCAGACCGCCCGCAAUGAGGGAGGUCGUCAGCGGAAUGCGGAGGCCCAGGCCCGCGAGAAUCGUCGCCUGCUGCAGCAGUUCGUGGAGCGGCGGAAGGAGGAGCGCUACCAGAAGGUCAUCGAUGGCCGGAAACAGCUGCCCGCCUUUGCCGAAAUCGAGCGCAUAUUAGCGCUGAUCGAAAAGUCGCCGGUGGUGGUGAUAUCGGGCGAAACGGGCUGCGGCAAGAGUACCCAGGUGCCGCAGUUCAUCCUGGACAACUGGUUCUUCCGGGCCCUGCAACUGUCCGCCAAGGAGCAACUGCCCCACGUGGAGAUCAUCUGCACACAACCGCGACGUCUCUCGGCCAUCGGAGUGGCGGAACGGGUGGCUGCCGAGCGUCUGGAUCGCAUUGGCCAGCUGGUGGGCUAUCAGAUCCGGCUGGAGAACAAGGUGUCGCAGAGCACGCGCCUCAGCUUCUGCACAACGGGCAUCCUGCUGCGCCGACUGGCCUCCGAUCCGCUGCUGGAAGGCGUAACCCAUGUCAUUGUCGACGAGGUGCACGAACGCUCCGAAGAGUCCGACUUCCUACUGCUCAUCCUGAAGAAUUUGCUGCGGGAACGCAAGGAUCUCAAAGUCAUCCUCAUGUCGGCCACUUUGAAUGCCACACUCUUUUCGGACUACUUUGGCGGUGCUCCCGUGCUGGAUAUUCCAGGACGUACCUACCCGGUUCAGCAGUUCUUCCUGGAGGACAUCCUGGAGAUGAGCGACUUUGUCAUGGAGUACGACACCAAGUACUGCCGCAAGCUGAAGAAGCACGAGCAGGACGUACUGGAGCGCGAGCUGGAGUAUGCCGACGUGCAGGCCUCCGGGCAGGCUCCCGGAAAGAAGAUCAAGGAUGAAAAGCUCACCCUCGCAGAGACUUAUCAGCGUUACGCGGAGUACAGCAAGCCCACGUGCAAGAGCAUCUACCUGAUGGAGCCGAUGACCAUAAACCCGGAACUGAUCGAAUCCGUGCUGAAGUACAUCGUUGAGGGCUCCCACGAUUGGCCGCGCGAGGGAACCAUCCUCAUCUUCCUGCCCGGCUUUGGGGAGAUCCAAACCGUGCACGAUUCCCUGCUGGAUCAUGCCCUAUUCUCGCCACGCGCCGGCAAAUUCGUUCUGGUGCCCCUGCACUCGGCCCUUUCUGGCGAGGAUCAGGCUCUGGUCUUCAAGAAGGCGCCGCCCGGCAAGCGAAAGAUCGUGCUGAGCACGAACAUAGCCGAGACCUCGGUGACCAUCGACGACUGUGUGUUCGUGGUGGACUGCGGCCUGAUGAAGGAGAAGUGCUUCGACUCGAACCGCAACAUGGAGUCGCUGGACCUGGUCUGGGUCUCUCGAGCCAAUGCCAAGCAGCGCAAGGGUCGUGCCGGCCGUGUGAUGCCGGGCGUGUGCAUUCACCUGUACACGAGUCACCGCUACCAUCAGCACAUCCUGGCCCAACCGGUGCCAGAGAUCCAGCGUGUGCCGCUCGAGCAGAUUGUGCUGCGCAUCAAGACGUUGCAGACGUUCGCCUCGCGCAACACGCUCUCGGUUCUCCUCGAAACGCUGGAGGCUCCCACGGAGGACAGUGUGCUGGGUGCGUUGACACGUCUACGGGAUGUGGGUGCCCUCGAUGCGGAGGAUCAGCUCACCCCGCUGGGCCAUCAUCUGGCCGCCCUGCCCGUGGACGUGCGCAUCGGCAAGCUGAUGCUGUACGGAGCGAUCUUCCAGUGCCUGGACAGCGUGCUGACCAUCGCCGCCUGUCUGAGCAACAAGUCGCCGUUCGUCAGUCCGCUAAGCAAGCGCACGGAGGCGGACAAGUGCAAACGCAUGUUUGCCCUGGGCAACAGCGAUCAUCUCACCGUCCUGAAUGCUUAUAGAAAAUGGCUGGAUGUGGCGCGUAGGGGAAACUAUGCAGCCAGCAGGAACUAUGCCACUGAGCAUUUUCUAUCGCUGAACACACUCGAGACGAUAGCCGACCUCAAGUACCAGUAUCUGGAGCUACUCGUUUCCAUCGGCUUUGUGCCCAUCAAUGUGCCGCGCAGGCGCAAAAAUGCCUGCGACAAUAUUCUCACACUGACAGGUGUGGAUCAAAAUCACAAUGGCGACAACAACCGGCUGCUGACGUCGCUCCUCUGCGCCGCCCUCUAUCCGAAUAUCGUGAAGAUCAUGACGCCGGAGCGGGUCUACGUCCAGACGGCAGGAGGAGCAGUGCCGCGCGAACCGAGCCACCAGGAUCUGCGCUUCAAGACACGCGGCGAUGGCUACGUGAAGAUCCAUCCGUCGUCGGUCAACUCGCAUGUGGCCGUCUUCCAGGCGCCCUUCCUCGUCUACCAGGAGAAGGUGCGCACCAGUGCCAUCUACAUACGCGACUGCUCGAUGCUGCCGCUCAUCGCCAUGGUCCUGUUUGCCGGCAGCGACUUUAAGGUGGAGCUGCACGACGGCGACUUCCUCUUCCUGCUGGAGAGCGGAUGGAUCAUCCUGAAGGCCCACGACCUGGAGACCGCCGAGAUGGUGCAGUGCCUGCGGGCGGAGAUGAUCAAGCUGCUGGAGGAGAAGAUUCGCGACCCGUGCCUUAACCUGCUGCACCACAAAAACGGAUGCCGCAUGAUUGCCAACAUCGUGCACCUGAUCAGCAAAAAUAGCUGAGAUGCUGCCCAAUGAACAACUAUUCAAAUCACUUGUACAUUUUGUGCAAAAGCUGUUGUAGCCGAUUUUUAAAAUACCUGUAAUAUACGCCAAACGAGACCAAUAACGAUUCACCAAAUUGAUGGCUUUAAAGCACACUCCAUAGGGUUUAUUCAAUGGGAUAUAGAGGAAUAUUUAUUGACACUUAUUUAAGGAUGAAAUCAUAUGUUACUGCCUCAUUAUUAUACCAUUUCGUAAAACGCAACUAUCAUUACAGCAAAUUAGUUUUGAUUUUUCGUGUAGUAGAGAAACCCCAAAUACUCUAUGUAAUAGAUCAAUAUUAUUUCUAUGUAAUUCCUCCCUCCCGCUGAUAUUGACUUAUGAGUUUAAAUAAACGAUCGUUACUUAUUUCCAUACCUGGUUAAA